UAUAAAUUUGACCGAUUCUUUUCUCAUUCUCCAACUCUUAAAACACAAAUCACAAUACCAAUGGCGUUCGCUCUUAAGUAUUUUGUUGUUUUUCUUCUCCUCUCUAUGUUCACUCAAGGACUGUGCGGCUGCUCUUUCGGUGACAUCCAGAUCGGGACGGUGAGGACUGGGAGAGAAUUCUCCGGACAACCGGAGUGGAGAGUGACGGUGAUAAACACGUGUAACGGUCCUCAAAAGGACGUGACUCUCUCUUGCAGAGGGUUUGCUCCUCUGCACCCUGUCCAGCCACAGCUGCUGCUCCCACAAGGAAACACGUGUCUUCUGAUCCAAGGAAAAGCUUUGCCAGCUGGCGGUUCCGCUCAGUUCACAUACGCCGGCGAGCCUUACAUCUUCAGACCCGUAGGCUCCACGGUCGGCUCAAGGAGCAACCAUUGAUGUCUUUUGCUUAUUAUAGCUUAAAAUUGUGGACAAAGAUAUUAGGUUACUUUCAUCUCAAGCAAGACUAUGUUUUAUCAUUCUUCAGUGACCCAGCAGGACGCAUAACCGUCUGUUUGUGUAAAGUUCUGUGGGGAAGCCGUUUAUAAAUGAAUAAUCCAAAAAGCCAUGAUGAGAUGAAAACAGAGCAGCAGUAGACAUACACUUAAAACAUACUAAUUGAAAUCAGUAGAAAGAUCUACAGAGAAUUUG